AUGGAAUGUCCAGGACAACAAAGAUGUCCAGAUGUUGUAUGGUAUAUCAAGGAAGUGAGAAGUGAAAAUGAUUGGGAACAGGUUGAUGCCAUAAGCUGCUACACAGAUGAAGGGGAAAAGCCACUUAUAGAGGAACAGGUUGGAGGCACUGAAUACACAGUGAAGAAAGAAUAUAUUCAAGAAGCCAGGAGAACCAAUCAGAAUGUGAAGGUGGAGGAUUUCAUUACGGACUCCAGCUCUUCAGGAAAUGAUCUAGAGGAUGGCUUGAAGGAUACAGUGGCUCAGCUGAAGUCAAACGGCAGACUGUCGGCAGAAACAUUGUCACAGCUCGUUCUGUCUGUGUCCAGUAAACUCAACGAUCCAUCUGACACAUCUACCAAAGAGGAAAGGGAAAAGCUUCGUGAGCAGUUGUUGGGUGUGAUGAUGAGCACAGUGAAUGAGGUUCCCAUGAAUAGUCCAGAUGAAGUACAGGUGAUGGCCAGUGGACUCGGUGAUGUUAUCCAACAAGGCUCAGAACUCAGCGAUGCUGCUCAGGAAGAUGCUUCAUUAUUACUUGAGAAUCUCAGCUCAUCUCUGCUCAACAUGACUAACACUGAAGAAAACAGGGAGGGAGUAAACAGUGCAGCCAGCAUUAUACUGGAAGGUACAAGCACCGCCCUGGACUACACUUCCAAUAAAAAUGUCUCCGAUGCUCUUCUUGGGACUUGGAAAAAUAUACAGCGUGCACUGUUAGCAUUUAAAGACACAGAUGAAGGACCGACUGUUAUCCAGCAAGGCCAUGUCAGUGUGUUGGUUAACAGAGUGGUACCAGAUAGUUUACAAAAAGCUUCUCUGAAGGUUCCCAACUGCUCCUGUGCCUCGUUUUCUCUCCAAGCUCUGCCGUCUCAUGUUGUAUCUGCUCAGAAGUCAGUGGAUGUUCAAAUGCUCAAUUUAGAUAAAAAUCCAUUUUCGUGGAACCCGAGAGGGAACAUCAGUGGCCCAAUAGCUGCUUUGUCCCUUGCAACAAAAGAUGGCUCCGGUAUCGCUGUUCAGGACUUGACUGAGGAUAUUGAGAUUCUUUUACCAAGUCCUACCGGACAGCAGGUGAACACAUCUGUUUUGGACCUGAGGAACUACAGCACAUCAACUGUACAUGUACCUUCAGAUGACAUCACCCUGGUUAUAAAGAUGGUGCCUUCAGAAGACCCGUUACCUUUUAAAGUAUUCCUCGGUCAUAUGAACUACCCGACUGAUACAAACUACGUGACCAUGACAGAGAUGCCUCACCGUGGAGAUACAGUUGAGGAGAAAUACACCUGGUUGAUCGACCCUAAGAUGUUGAAGGGAAACACUGGACUACAUUAUCUGUUAGUGAGGCCCAUUGUUGGUCCUGGCAUAAAAUUCAUCACUGCCAAUUUAUCCAUCACUUCUAUUUCUACAAUGUGUAAAUUCUGGAAUGAGUCAUUACUGGAAUGGAGCCAUAAUGGAUGCAGGGUUGGUAUUCAGACCACACCGUUGACCACUCAGUGCCUCUGCAACCACCUCACGUUCUUCGGCGGCUCUUUCUUUGUCACUCCUAAUCUGGUCGACCCGUCACGUAGCGCUGAACUGUUCGGGACCUUCGCUGAGAAUCCGGUGGUUGUGUGUUUUGUGGGAGCGCUCUUUGUCGCUUAUCUCUUGGUGGUUGUGUGGGCGAGACGAAAAGACAUACAAGAUACAGCAAAGGUGAAGGUGACUGUUCUGGACGAUAAUGACCCGUUGGAUGAGUAUCGAUACCUUUUGAGUGUGAGCACUGGGCAUCGGAGAGGCGCCUCCACAUCCUCUCAGGUGGCAAUAAUUCUGCUGGGGUCGGAGGGUAACAGUGGAGUGCAUCACCUGACGGAUCCACAAAGGUCUGUUUUUGAACGAGGGGCUGUAGAUCUGUUCCUGCUGACGACACCGUUCUGUCUGGGAGAUCUGCAAGGCAUCAGGCUGUGGCACAACAACACCGGCAGCCAUCCGGCCUGGUUUCUGAGCAGUGUCAUUGUGCAGGACCUACAAAGUGAGCAGAAAUGGCAUUUUAUCUGCAAUUCCUGGCUUAGCAUCGACAUGGACGAUUGCUCUUUGGAUAAAAUGUUUCCUGUUUCCUCAGAGAUGGAAAUGAAGAGAUUCAGUAACUUGUUCUUCAUGAAGACAGCUAAAGACUUCAGUGAUGGGCACCUGUGGUACUCUGUGAUUAGUCGGCCACCGAGGAGCUCCUUCACAUGUGUGCAGAGGGUUUCCUGCUGUUUCUCGCUGCUGCUCUGCACCAUGUUGACCAGCAUCAUGUUUUAUGGCAUUCCAACGGACCCCUCUGAACAGACCAUGGACCUGGGUCACUUUGAGUUUACGUGGCAACAGUUCAUGAUUGGAGUUCAGAGUUCACUCAUAAUGUUUCCAGUGAAUAUUCUUAUGGUGAGCAUUUUCAGACAAACUCGCCCUCGAGAGACUCCAUGUUGUAAACACAGUGUAAGAAAAGCAGAAACAGAGAGAAGUUUUCAGCCUGCAACAACCAACAUGAACACCACUGUCACUCUGGAUACUGUCAUCAAGGAUAUAACACGAAUUGCCCACUCACUGUCAAAAACUGUGAAAAGUAACAUCCCAUGCAAAGAGGCCGAGUUCAGACCUGGACAAGAUGAUAUCAAUGCUGUUCUUUCUGUCGUUGAAGAUUUCAUUAGACAGAACAAGACCAGUGACACCUCCCACUGCAAAACACACAGUGUUGGUCCGAUACUAGACACCAGUACGAGCGAGCAUCCUGGAACAAUGGUGGAGGGCAUUCAGAAGAAAAGCAACAAAACCCAGUAUCUGUACCAGCAGCUGUGUCGCAUCGAGACGGAACUGGGUCUGCUCCGACCCACAGGGUUCCCAAACCCACACAGCUACAGCCAGGCUCUGCAGCAGGUCCAGGGCAUGAAGGCUGUCCUGGAAGAUCAGCUGUUCACAGCGAGUGGUGCAAACCCAGACGAAUCCACCCACAAGUCGAGUCCUUCAGACACCACUGGCUCUGUCGAUGGUCAGAGGAAACGAGGCUGUUUUCAGGGAGGAUUACCCUGGUGGUUUGUUUUCUUUGGUUGGCUGCUGGUGGCUGGAACCAGUGUCGUAGCAGGAUAUUUUACAAUGCUUUAUGGGUUGAAAUUUGGGAAAGAACGCUCUGUAAGCUGGCUGGUCUCCAUGAUCGUCUCCUUUUUUCAGAGUAUGUUCAUCAUUCAGCCACUGAAGGUGUUAGGUCUCGCAGUCUUCUUUGCACUUGUCAUUAAGAAAGUUGACGAUGAAAACUUUGAAAAUAUUCAGUUUGCAAGAAAUGAUAAAGACGAACAGAUGGUGAGGAAGGACAGCAGUCUGUAUGAACCACCACCUCCUGCAGACGUGGAGAAGAUGAAGAUGAUUAAGAUGAAAGAACAGAAAGCCUUUAACCUGCUCACAGAGAUUUUAAUGUACAUGGGCUUCAUGUGGAUGCUGUUACUGGUGGCGUACGGACAGAGAGACCCCAAUGCUUUUUAUCUGAAUCGACACAUCCGGAACAGCUUCAGUAGCGACACCUCAGACAGUAUGAGUCUGAGUGAUGUGUUCACUUGGGCAAACACGUCUCUACUCCAUAACCUCUUUGGAGUUUAUCCUGGUUUUAUAACAGAUGGGAACUCCAGGUUGGUUGGUAGUGCUCGUCUUCGUCAGCUCCGGGUCCAGGUGAACUCCUGUCAGGUUCCAGACCUCAUGCUCUCGUCAGUUCCUGGCUGUUAUGGUCCGUACUCGUGGGACCUGGAGGACAGCGGCUCCUACGACCCUGGAUGGAACCGGUCUGUGAACCGUAACGCCUCCACAGGCCACGUCAGCCCCUGGACGUACCAGACCCAGGCCCAGCUCAGGGCUCAGCCUGUCUGGGGGAACUUGGAGCUGUACAGGGGAGGGGGCUUUGUUGCAGAGCUUGGCCCCACUUCACAAAAUGCCAGCAGUGUCCUUGAGGAUUUAUUCAGGAACAAAUGGCUGGAUAUGCACACAAGAGCCGUAUUUGCGGAGUUCACCGUUUAUAAUGCUAACGUCAAUCUCUUCUGUAUUGUAACACUACUGUUUGAGAACACUGCUACAGGAGCAUUUCAGUUUGAAAGUUUUCUGCAGAGUAUCCGCCUGUACCAGUCCACUGGUGGUCUUCAUAUCUUUGUGAUGGCGGCUGAGAUCAUAUACCUACUUUUCAUCCUUUAUUACAUGUUCAUACAGGGAAAAUUAAUGAAAGUGCAGCGGUGGUCUUACUUUAAAAGCAAAUGGAACCUUGUGGAGCUGACAAUCAUCCUCCUGAGCUGGGCUGCUGUGGCUGUGUUUAUCAAGAGGACGCUGAUUGGAAACCGAGAUACGACCUACUAUCAAAAGCACCGAGACCAAUUUGCCAGUUUUUACGAGACAGCGUCGGCCGACUCUGUGCUUCAGUAUCUGAUCUCCUUCCUGGUUCUACUGUCCACCAUCAAACUGUGGCACCUGCUCCGACUCAACCCCAAGAUGAACAUGAUCACGGCCACGUUACAACGGGCCUGGACCGACAUAUCUGGGUUCCUCGUUGUCAUUGUCAUCAUGUUAUUGGCAUAUUCCAUCGGCUUCAAUGUGAUCUAUGGCUGGAAGCUGUCUUCAUAUAAGACGUUCCUGGAUGCUCUCAUGACCAUCAUCAGUUUGCAGAUAGGCAUCUUUAAUUACAGUGAGGUCCUGGACCAGAACCCUGUCCUUGGUGCAUUUUUCAUUGGUUCAUGUAUUGUGUUCAUGACCUUUGUGGUUUUGAAUCUCUUCGUCUCCGUGAUCCUCGUUUCAUUCAAUGAGGAACAAACAUAUCACAAGCCUUCAGAAGAGGAGGAGAUUGUGGACUUAAUGCUGAAAAAAAUCUGCAGUGUCUUUGGAAUCAGAUUUGAACAUACAGCGAGCGCCCAGAAGCAUGAUGGGAACUGCAAUCCUGCCUUGACUCUGAACAACAGCAGAAAUAUACUCAACCAUUCUGCCCUGGAUGUGAACACGAUUCAAACAUCUGACAGCUCAGUCAAACUUUAAUUUUACUUUUCCAUGUCGUAGGAACUAUUAGGAACCAUACCUGUCAAGUCUUCUGUUUUGGCCGGGAAACUACUGUAUUUUACCGCCGUUUCCCGCUGUCCUCUCGUAUUAAUAUUAUCCUGUAAACCUCCCGUAUUUUAACAAAAUAAUAAGAAUGAAAUACAUUCUUCUGUCUCCUUGCUGAGCUCUGUCACUAGCCUCGCCAGAACUGCCUUCUGCCAUAGCCUAGGUCUGAGGUGUCACGAGGUUAGUAGUGCCGACAGCGGGAAAACCAAAAACAGAGGUGAAAGAUGGAUG